GAUUAUUUGUGCACUCCAGAGGAAAAUGUUUACAAGAUAGACUUCACCAGGUUUAAAAUCCGGGACAUGGAGUCUGGCACAGUCUUGUUUGAAAUCACCAAGCCAGCAGCCUCAGAGCGUGAGCACAAUGACAGGAAGGACGUGGACCCCAACGCUGGACGCUUCGUUCGCUAUCAGUUCACCCCGGCCUUUCUCAGGCUGCGGCAAGUGGGAGCCACGGUGGAAUUCACAGUAGGGGACAAACCCAUUAAUAAUUUCCGUAUGAUUGAGAGGCACUACUUCCGCGAUCAGCUGCUGAAAAGCUUCGAUUUUGAAUUUGGCUUCUGCAUCCCCAGCAGUAAAAAUACUUGUGAGCACAUCUAUGAAUUCCCCCAGCUCUCGGAGGAUCUCAUUCGAGAGAUGAUCCUGCAUCCCUACGAGACACAGUCGGACAGUUUCUACUUUGUAGACAACAAGCUCGUGAUGCACAACAAGGCAGAUUAUUCAUACAGUGGAGGACCUUGAGCGCAGGACGGGCUGCGCUGGCCUCCCCUUUCCUAUGGAAGUCAUCAGGGAUACCAACACCUUCAGUUCUGUUGCCUGCAGUGUCAACUGGACAAGGAUCCACAAACCAAGGACUCUUUGCCACAGUAGGAGUUUCAUGACUAAAUUUGCCGGUCUCAUCUCUUUUGAGCUUUGAAGCAGACCCAGUUCUUCAGAACUUUAAGCUAAAUGAUCUUUGGAUACCACUUCCCUAAGUUCUUUAAGUGUCUGCUUUGAAAAUGGCCUUGUGGGACCUGGGGGAUUUUGCCCUAAUUCUGUGAAUUUGUGCUCUUGCCCUCAAGUAUCUUUUAGGACAUGAUUGCUUUCCCAAAGAAUGUAAUCAGAGAAACCACAUGAGUGGAUGGAUGCAGAGGAAGAGGUUUGGUUGGUUGUUUUAUUUUGUCAAUGCUUCAAAGGCCAAUUUAACUUGUCCAUCCCAUCAAAAAUGUCGAGCAUAUCAUCUCACAAAGGCAAGUUUCAUCUUUAGAUUGGCUAUCUCCAUAAGUAUUUCAUCCUUUAGUUUUGGUCCUUCUGUUUAAUGUUCUCUUUAAUCCUGGAAAUGCCAAAGCUUGCAAUGAAGACCAGUAGUUCAAUGACAGAGCUGUUUUAAUUGGGUAAUGUCCUUCCACAUUUCAGAUGAAGGUAAAUUAGCAUUGUGGGUCUAUGAACCUCCAUAAGUACCUUCCAUUCAUUUCAGGUUUUGCAGAAUAAUCAGGAAAAAUGGAAGGAUUUUAGCUUUAUUUAACAUUUUCACAUAGCUAACGUUCAGCCUAUUCAUGCUACACAUUUCCAUGUCUAUUUUUUUUUUGCCUCUGCUCGAUACCAAGAUAAGGGCUUCAGCACUGCUUGUUAGAGCAACACUUUCUUUUGUCUAUGGCAGCUGGAGAGUGUGGGUUUUCCAAUAUUCUAUUUGUAUCUGCAUUUAAAGAAUGUUAUGACAGUGCUUUCCCUUUGUUAGAAAUGUUUCACAUGGAUAAUUAAUACAGGUGAAACAGUCUAAUAGUGUACGAGUUAAAGCACAGGAAAAAAAUUAGCAAGAGCUCUCUCUUCAGACUCUGGAAGAAGUUUAAGACAAAUUUUGCCCAAGAAGUAACAGCACCAAGAAUAAACCAGUAUGGGGUGGCCUGUUGUCAUGAAACCCCUACUCUAAAGGUCAGUUCACUGAUACUU